GCAACUCUUUCACCAUUUCCUCCCCACCCAGUCAAGGAUUUUUUGAGGGCAUUUAUUGAAGAAAUGCUCAUAAUAAAACGAACCACCAGGGCUCAUUAAAGUGCAUACAAUGGUACAUAAUAUCGAAAUCCAAUAAAUGCACUCUUAAAUGCACCAAAAAGUUGUGCAAGUUUCUCAAGCAGCAGGCGAAGGAGAAAGUGCGGGCGGCUCGCUAAUUGAGAGAACGACGCAAUUUCGGCUGUCUCAUAAACUGGGGAAACGGGAUGAUGAGGAGAGGGAAGAAGUGAAGUCUACCCUUCCACCAGGUCAAUGACCAGGUCGCAGAUGUAUUUCCCACUUUAAUUGCGAGGCAAAUUCUCCAUUAACUUCAUUUCUUUUUAUAUUUUUAUGCGGAGAAGUCUGCGACUUCAAGUCGCAUUUUUUUCUCUCCUGAUUUAGUCAAGUUAUUUUUAUUCUCACUUGAUUAUUUUUCUAACAAUAUUAAAUUUUUUCUACAAUAUUUCUAAAUACAGUAGUUUUCUUACCUAAACUGUAGGGUCUAUUCAGGUUUAGUAAAUAGGACACGCGAACAAUACAAGAACGUCGCCACUGCCCUACGAUGACCACCAUCAUCUCGACACCGACGAGAACUCACUCAUCAGUCCCUCUACCAAGCGUAUCAAGAUCCAGCGUCACUAAAACUUUGGUGGAGUCGGUUGACGAAAACACCGUUGUCGCGAUCGUAGAAGGAAGUGGACAAGCUCGUGGCGAAAUGGGAAUGGCCUGUAUCAAUCUCAGAACAUCUCAUUUGAUCCUGUGUCAAUUUGCUGACACGCAAUCGUACCACCGUGUGAUUUCUAAGCUGAAUAUUUUUAGACCACAUCAAAUAUUAAUGCCGGCAACAUGUUGUGAAAAGACCGGGACUGCAAGUCAACUUUUUAAGGCAUUGAAAGCGGAAGUAUCAGAUAUAGAAAUUGUUCCAAUUUUACGCAAAACAUUCAGUGAAGGGAGAGGACUUCAAAGGAUCAAACAAUUGGUUGUCGAUAAAUUCUCAUCGGUGGUGCAAGUAGUGACUCAAAAGUACUAUUGUCUCGCGGCAGCGGCUGCCCUUAUAAAAUACAUUGAGUUGGCACAGUCGAUCGUAUUUGCUUCGAAAUCUAUGAGAGUCGAAUUCCAAGGAUCAGAUAAAACUUGCAUGAUUGAUAGUAAAACAGCACAAAAUCUAGAACUGCUGACAAACAAUAGUAAAGCUAUGUCUUCACAUUCUGUUCAUGGAAUUCUGAGUAAUUGUCGCACCCCUGGUGGAGCUCGAUUGCUUAGAAUGGAUAUUUUACAACCUCCUUGUGAUAUCAAGUUUAUUCAGCAACGUCUUGAUUGUGUCGAUGAACUUUUGGACUCUAGAGAUGUCUUGUGUGGGUUAGAGAAUAUUCUUUCUCGUAUUCCAUUGGAUAUUGAACACGUAAUCUCAACCCUAAUCCAAAUUCCAAAAAGUGAGAAUUCUCGAGUCACGGAACAACGAAUUAACUUUGUAAUUGCUCUCAAACACACUUUGGAACUUUUGCCGGCCUUAAUUGCUACUCUGGGAAGUACUACAAACAUUGUCUUCCAGAAAAUCCGUGAUGAAUUGCGAGCUCCUAUAUUUCAGAGCAUACUUGAAAAAAUUCAAAGAGUGAUCAACGAAGAAGUUCAGGUCCAGAAAGGGCUUGUAAAUAGCAGGCGUCAACGUUGUUUCGCAGUGAAGGCAGAAAUAAAUCCUAUCCUGGAUAUCUCAAGAAAAGCAUACUGCGAAAUUGUAGAAGAUAUGAAUCAGCACGUGACAGAAUUGAGCAACAAACAUAAUUUGGCUUUACGAUUGGGAGAAAAUAUACGCAGGAGCUAUUAUAUUCAGCUAAUUUUGCCUGGAAGAGGAGAUCGUGUUCCAGAUUUACCAAACACAUUUCUUCAAGUCAAAAAAUACAGAAAUGUAAUAAACUUUACAACUGAAUGUUUGCUGAGUUUUGACCAUCGUGUCACAGAAAUACGGAAGGAAAUUGAGAAAUUCAGUGCAAUUGUCGUAACGGAUUUGGUAACUCAAAUUCGAGAAGAUAUAUCUAGCAUAUACAACAUUAGCGAAGCCAUGGCUCAAUUAGACGUCCUUUAUGCGCUUUCCAAAUACUCGCUAACCACCUUGAGAUGCGUUCGCCCUCGUUUUUCUACUAAAGCAACAGCUAUCAUCAAUGGGCGUCACCCUGUUUUGGAACUAGUAAAAAGUGAGGAACCCGUCCCUAGUAACACGUUUUUAUCUGAAGAUGUAAAUUUUGCAAUAAUAACUGGACCAAACAUGAGUGGAAAAACUACGUACCUUAAACAAGUAGCUACCCUUCAAGUUCUAGCUCAGAUUGGCACCUUUGUUCCUGCAGAGGCAGCAACAUUUAGGAUAGCUAAAAAUAUAUUUUCACGACUUGGAACUGGUGAUAAUAUAGAGGAUAACGCAUCCUCCUUUGCGAUGGAGAUGUGCGAGAUGAAAUACAUUAUUGACAAUAUCGAUCAUAAUUCUUUAGUAAUCAUUGAUGAACUGGGCCGAGGCACAUCCGUAGAAGAAGGGACUUCAAUUUCAGUAGCCAUUGCUGAACAUUUAUUGCAAACCAGGUCAUUCGUCCUCUUUGCGACCCACUAUAUGUUUCUCACCAAGCUAGAAAGCGCUUACGCGAAUGUUUUAAAUUACACAAUGGAGACUCAAGAAUGGAAAUUGCAACCCGGAAGUGCUAUCGUCAAUGAAAACGAAGACGACUCUUCUAACACUAUGGAAAAUUGCAAACUCAAGUACACGCACGUUAUAAAACGCGGUGUUCCGGAGGUAGAAUAUUAUGGAUUGAAACUGGCAGUCUUGUCGUCAUAUCCUAUGCCUAUUAUUAAAGAUGCAUUACAAAUUGCAAGAUAUAUAAAUAAUGAGAGGAAUCCUGAAGAUGUGAACGUGACGAACGAAGAAGAAAGAGAGAAAGCUUUAUAUCUUCUAGGAUCUCAGUUAAAUAUUGCUUGUGAAAUGGCCAACACGAUUUCUCAAGAAGAAUUGCUUGAUUAUUUUAUAACUUUGAAGAAAGAAUUCUUAACUACGUUCGGCACUCUUGAUGAUAUUCCAGCAGACAAUGUAUCCGAUACAAGUUCAAGCUAUGAAAUUCCCGAUGCCACAUCUACCGCCCCUCAUCUUCUUAUUGAUUCAAACUCAGAUCAAGAGGAAGAAGAAUCGACUGCGAUAUAAUAAUAUGAAUCAUAUUAUAUGAUAUCAACUACUCCCAUUUGUUAUUUUUAAUUAGAGUGGAAUAAUAUAUACAUAAGUACACUUGUAACUAUAAAUACCUGUAUACAACCUACAUUGUAUAAAUAUAAUCUAACGAUAAGUAUUAUUUGCUUCAUGCUAA